GUCAGGCCUCGGCCUGGUCAACUUUUAUUAUCGCUAACAAGCCUCGUGGGAAAAAGCCCUUUCGCCAGUGUUUUCAUUUUUUCCAUUCCACUUUGAAACUUCAUCCGUUAUCGAGGCUAGACGCGGCUACCAUCAGCGGGCGUACCGACGAGUGAAUUCGGCGUGCGAGGCGUCGUGCACCAUCACACCAUUGUGGGCCGUGGAACGAGUGGUGUGCGCCAAUCUGUGUGUGCAACUCUUUUCCGGCACCCGCGUGAGCGGAGCGGCGUGGUGGUGAAAUUGGGGGGUGCGUUUGUUGCGCGCGCGAGUGUGUGUGUGCUUGUGGACUUGUCAUGGGUCUGCCGUAGUGCGGCUGCCCCGAUAUGAUGGCCGGAGUGUUCGACUUGGAGCUACACGACGCCGAGAAUGACAAGAACGACGAAUCUAGCGACGACGCCAUCGAAGUGGACGAGCAGAGUCUCUCGGUGGAGCCGAACAUCAACUCAAUAUUAGAGUUGCAAGAUGUGGAGAAGAUUCAGCUGUCCGAGGACACGGUCAACCCAAACCAGGAGAAGACUGGCCCCAAGGACUUCGAGCUGCUCAAGGUGCUCGGCAAAGGUGGCUAUGGAAAAGUUUUCCAAGUCCGAAAGCUCACUGGGAAAGAUGGCGGUCGUAUUUUCGCCAUGAAAGUACUCAAAAAGGCCACCAUUGUCCGCAACCAGAAGGACACUGCGCACACAAAGGCUGAACGGAACAUUCUGGAAGUAGUCAAGCACCCCUUUAUAGUGGACCUCAUUUAUGCCUUCCAAACGGGUGGCAAGCUGUACCUCAUCCUGGACUACCUUAGCGGUGGAGAGUUGUUCAUGCAUCUAGAGCGAGAGGGCAUAUUUUUGGAAGACACUGCUAGCUUCUACCUGUCGGAGAUAGUGCUUGCGUUAGAGCACCUUCACCGUGAAGGCAUCAUCUACAGGGACCUCAAACCCGAAAAUGUCCUGCUCGAUGCACAUGGCCACGUGAAGCUGACAGACUUUGGACUUUGCAAGGAGUCAAUCCAGGACGGUGCUAUGACGCACACAUUUUGUGGCACAAUAGAGUACAUGGCUCCGGAAAUCCUCACCAGGAGUGGUCACGCCAAGGCUGUCGACUGGUGGAGUCUAGGCGCUCUCAUGUACGACAUGCUCACAGGAGCGCCUCCCUAUACAGCGGAGAACAGGAAAAAGACUAUAGAAAAAAUCCUGCGCUGUCGGCUCAACCUGCCUCCUUACUUGACACCUGACGCAAGGGAUCUCCUAAGAAAACUGCUAAGGCGCAAUGUGCUCCAGCGGCUGGGCAGCGGACCGGGCGAUGCAGCCGACAUCAGGGUGCACCCCUUCUUCCGGCACGUCAUCUGGGAGGACGUGCUGGCAAGGCGCGUGGAGCCCCCUAUCAAGCCACAGCUGCUGAACGAUGAAGAUGUGUCACAGUUUGACACCAAGUUCACCAAGCAGACACCCAUCGACAGUCCAGAUGAUGGCAUGCUUUCCGACAGUGUCAACCAAGUUUUCAUGGGCUUCACGUAUGUGGCCCCCUCUGUGCUAGAGGAGCUCCAUCGGCCCAUGGUGAUCAAGGCACGCUCACCACGCAAGAUCACCAACAGUCCUCGGACCCCUUUCAGCCCAGUGUCGAAGCGUCCCCAGCCGCAUUUUGGCUUCAGCCCCUCGCCAUUGGUGACGAGUAGCGGUGGAGGAAGUGGCCGGAUGAACGGUGGAGUGGUUCCUUCCUCGCCGGACGAGCAGAUGGACACGACUAGCGGACCACCCUUGGCCCCCACGGUGGUCAGUGCACCUCCUCCGCGGUCGCCGGCCAUCCCAACGCGGAGCAAGGUGCCGCCUCCACCUCGACCUAAGCCAUAAUGCAUCUGCCGUACUGCGACUGGCUUCUCCUGGCUUCCAAGUCGUCUCCUAAUAGUCUCACGUGCCAAGCCCUCUGAGGGCCUGCUGCCGCUUCGGUGGCUUGCUGCGAGAGCAGAAGAAUCUAGGAAAAAGACAGAAAUUGGAUCUUAGCGUGUCUGCAGAUCCUGAUGUGUUUGGACACGUACAGCCUCCUCCUUCCACGAUGCACCAGGCAAAGGCUGCUGUGCUCGGCAAAGGGACAUGCAGGCAGCAAAACUUCGUGGUGUUUUCGUGCCUCUUGGGUCAUGCAGUGUCGCGGCGAACACUCAGUCAAGUCUGAAUGGUAUGCGUUCAGUGUGUGCAUACAUCCCCCUCAUGCAGUUUCGGGGCCCUGCCCGACUGAUGUGUGCGGCAGCAGGUGCCAGGUUUUGGCAUUGGCCAUCCUGAAGAGUCCUUGAGAACUUUAAAAUUAUCGUGACUUGGUAUGUGCUUUCUGUUCAUUUCUGUUGUUGCCUAUCUUUCUGUGAGCUUUAUUUGUGUGUUUGUGCAUAUGUGUGUAUGUGUGCGUGAUACUGCACAACUUGUUUUUGUUUUGUGCAUAGUAAUUUGUAAAUGUAACACUAAAUAAUAGAAAAGGCAAUUACUCGCACAUUCUUAAUUGUUUGUAUUACAGAACUAGACAAUAUCACUGUGCUUAGAGCUUUAAGUGAUGUGCCUGCAGCAGCCGUUUUUUGUGUUGAAAAUCUGCUGUGGCAUAAGCCUUUGCAAAUGGGAAACAUAAGCUUGGCUUUUGUCCUGUCGUGGAGUUGUCAUCGUCAGUUUCUUGACAGUGUAGCAUUCAGCUGUGAACCGCCUUGUUGGCUGCACUGCAAACUUGUUCCACAGCAUCGUUGAACAAUGCGAGGUUCUCUCCACUAGUUGCCAGACAGGUGUGCGAGUUUGUACAGGUGCGUCAACACUGCUGCGUGUCACCUUCCGUCAGUGUAGUGUCUCCCUUUUCUCAGCCAAAACAGUGCUACAGCAUUGUUCCAGACAAACAAACAAAACGUUGACCAUGGUGCUCCCAAAUGAUGUCUCACAAUUGUGCAGCUUAUGAAACUUGCAGAAGAAUCCUCGAGACAUAAAUGCUUGAGUUUUUAUUUUUGUAUGCGCUUUCUGCAAUAAGAGAUUUCAAAAUCCUGAACCUCUUGCUUGCAUGCUGAUGGCAUGAAAGAUGCCUCUAGGGCUUUCCCUUUUUUUUUAUGGCCAUACGGUUGUUUGCCAUCAGAGGUUCUAUGUCUUCUUGAAAGUGGUGUUCUGUGGUCAUUUGCAUCUUCUCCAAUAUCUUUGAUGGCAGCCAACGACAAACAUAGCAGAUGGCCACAUGUAUUGCGUAUUGAGCUGAGAGCUAUUACUCCAACAAGGCCAGUUUGUGUGCAGGCAUCGACCUGAAACAAAAAGAAAGCAAAUCUCAUCAUCAAAUGAAGGUGCCUUAUUGUAAACUGGCAGUCUUGCUUCAGUCUAAAACAGGCAGCCAAACGAGUGCAGCUCUGUUGCUGCUUAUGCAGGCUAAUAACAAAGCAGUCUUUGCUCGACUACAGACAUGCAUCAUUUGUCUUUGUUUUGUUUUUUUACAUUGUCUGGCGUAAUACCUCCGUAUGAGUAGCAGGCAUGCGGAUUCUAUGUUCUUUAGCCUGGUUAAUCACUCUCAUAACUUCGAACCCUACUCUUGCCAGCUCUGUUCUCGGUGCCUAGCUUCCUGCCUCUUGUUUCUCGUUGAUGUCUCGGCGCUUAUGCGCAUGUGUUCUCACUGCAGGAACAUUUGUGCGGCAGCCGUGAAAGAAACUGUGAUCGCUUGUCCUGUACGUGUUAGUCAAACGCCAACUCACCUUUUAUAUUAUUUUGCUUCUUCUGGAUGUUUGUAAGAAAGACGUCACAGCUGCAGAAUUAUGGCAGUUGUGCAGCCAGUUUUACUUACGCUUUGGCUGGCACACACUAAUUGGUGUCUAUUUUUCUGUGUUCUUAGUGCUCUCAUCUAACAAGGCAUAUCCAAUGAACGGUUUUAGAUAUGUUGUUUGCCUUAAAGCUUUUGAAUGAAGACUGAAAUUUUGUGUCACCUGCAUAAUUCUUUUUGUUUGCAUGUUUCUGUUCUGAUCGUGUUUACAAACACAGCAGUGUAACCGUGUGUCUGACUUGGCGUAUUGCACUUGCAAAAAAAAAAAAGUGGGUGGCAACACACAGCAUUCUUGACUGUUUGGAAAAUGUGCACCAGACAGUGGUGCCAAAUAGAUGGUGUCGCGCCACAGUAUUUGUACCCCGUGGCAGAGAAAAAACUUUUUUGUGAUGGGUCAACUCUCUCGCCCAUGAAGAACGUGUUAGUGCCUUAUCUCGCUGUGUCUAGUGCAUAAUUCUCCGCCAAGAAAUGGAAAAGGAAUCGAGAAUCAGUGCUCACUCUUCAAGGAGGAGUCUCUUUCAGCUGUAUGUAAUCUGACUGAAGGUGCUCUGCUUGGCAUACAUAAUGUGUUGAAAGCUUCUCUUGUGGUGCUCCAAGGUUACUUGAAGGCAUCGUGAUGUUUACUUUGAUCUAAAAAAAAAAUCUUUAGUUCUUACUGAGCGACUUGGUGAGCAGCCCGUAAUAUCUGAUGAGUAUUGCAGCAUCGUUCAAUUCUCUGGUGGGGCGAGCUGAUUCAAAGGCACAGUAUUGGAUCGUGUUGUUGAGUCAUGAGAGUUGUGUUCUUCCUGGUUAUGCAAGAAUUUGGUUAGCUCUUACUAUACUUUAUUGAAAAUCACUGCUUGAGUCAAUAAGUUUUCAUUGUGGCUCAAGGAAGUAACUGGUCUCCAGUAGUUACAUCAGCAAAAGUCAGGACUGGAUGUGUUGGAGAAUGUUUAGUGCCGUGUCACUUUAGAGAAAAGCUGCCCAGAAUCUAGCAGAGGGACCAGAGGAUGUGUUUGUAGACUGUGGAACAUGUCAGGGUCAAGCAUUGCCUACUUUUUUUUUUGUUGUUGUGGAGAACAGGAUCUAAGUCCAAUCAUUUUGACGGCAACAAUGCCUGCAUUGCUAUCUCAAAAAAGGGCAUUCGGAUACAAAAGUGGCAGCCUAGAGCAUUCCCGUAGCGAUAACUCAAAUCGCCCAAAUAUGUUCUCAGUGAGUCAAGCAUUGUCACUGUUUGUGAAACUGUUUUGCAGAAUUUUAUGUUAUUGAACAUAAAAGAAAGAUUCGCUAGUGGAGAGGUCCAGACUAUAUAAAAUUAUCUUGAAUAAGUUAUGCAUCUUUUUUUCUUCUUUUUGUUCUUAAGUCAUGUUGCUUCUUUACAUUGUUAAUGUAUGUAAUUUGUUGAAGAAUUCUGGGCAACUGCCAACAAAUCUGCACAGUGUUGAGAAGCAAGGCUGCCAUCUAGUGCCAAGAAGAGACUCGCUGUUCCCGCAGUUUUACAAUGAGUGUGUCUCGGUUGGUUGUUUGUGGCACACUGCUAGUCUUGGAAGAAUCGUCAGAAUCUCUCGCAGUCUUUAGUGGUACAAGAGAGAGAGUAGUUAUGAAUGUGUCGCAAGGAGUGCUUGGAGAGUGGCUUUGCAGUCUGUGCAUCUGUGAAAAGACAUUACUGCACUCCCAUGUGGUAAGUUAGUUUUACCUGCCAUGUGGUAAGUUACUGCCAUGUGGUAAGUUAGUUAGUCCCUCUGCUGCAGAUUUUCCAGGAAAGUGGCUACUUGACACCAGUCUAAGAAAUUUCAGCAGGGCUGAUUGGGGGAAUAUUGAUGUGUGCAUAAUGGUAUGAGUGUUGUUGGACUGGUGCGAGUUAUUCAAAGAGGACAGGGUUGCUGAAGACUUGUACAGUGCAGUUGGUCACUGAAGACUUGUAUAGCGCAGUCGCCAUAUCAAUAUUUCUUUUAUCGCGUCUUGAUUGAUGUGCAAGUGUGUCAUUGUUGUAGGUAGUGGAUUCUCCUGGUUAUGAAGGAUCCUUCUUGAGAGGUGUUAGAGCAGAGCGUGUGUGCGGCAUGAAAGAGUGACCAUUUUAAGCUUUGUGAUGUGUUGGGAGUACUUAGCUUUGCCUGCACUGGCUUCCGAAACAGCAGUGCUUUAAUAACAGAAACUUCCCAGGAAAAAAUUUCCAUUCACAGGGGAACUAUUGUAUGCUUGCAGUAUAAACACUUUGCUUGUGCUGCAUUAUUGGCAAAAUUAUUUCUACUAAUAGCUGCCAACAGCUAAUGUUUUCCAAAUAGUACCAUGUUUUACUGAAUCGAAGGAUCUUGUUGGGUCAGCGCUUUACCUGCAAAGCACAUCCACUGCUGGACCAAAAAAAUAAAAAGAAAAGGCCUGGUAUGCCUUUUGUUCCUGUGAGUUUGUUGGUAUGCCUUUUGUUCUCACCUGGCUUAUCAGCUGUUGUCAUCAACUGAAGCAGUUUUGACUCCACCAAUAAUCUCUAGAGUUGCAUCUUGACAGGAAAGCAUUAACUAUUUAAAGUCACUAAAGAGAAAAUUCAGUUGGAUGUACAAGAAGGAAAGUCCAUGUGUAGAAAUUGCGCACAACUACGUGGCGGUGAGCAUGUUUCCACAUUGCUUUUAAGCCAAGGAGCCCGGGACAUACAAUAAAGCUCUGUUAUGGUAGCGAAAACAUUUCAGGCUGCCUCUUACUUGCUUGAUCUAGAUAGACAUUGGUGGUUAUCAGAAGAGAAAUGUUAUUGUUUUAUUGCCAAGUUUGUUGUUUCAGCUGUCACAUGCCAUUGUGGAGUUCCCUCUGUGAGUUAUUGACAUGACAAAUAGGGCAGAGUAUUACAGUACAGCUAUGCACUUGUCAUUGCACAUUCCAGCAGUGGAAGUGCUGUAAUGAUCCUGAGGCUGUCUGCACUCAUUUUCUUUUUUCUAGGGUUGUGGAAGAGGGGUCUCCCUGUGCUCGGCAUAGUUCUGUAGUCUAUCAGACUUUUGCAGGAGACUAUUGCAAUAAGCUUUGCAUGAAGUUGUGCACACACAUGGCCAACUUUGCUAGUGUGGUAGAGAAAAGAGGGCUCGCUAGUUGGUUUGCCUUGGCAAGGCUUGGACUUGAUUUGCCAUUUGUGGUGGCCACAAUUACUGCACAAAUUUUGUGAACAUAAAGCCUGACUUUUGGCCCUUGCUGCACAAUGUUUUCCUUUUUUUUUAUGCAAGAGCUGUGGAUAGAAAGACAGCUUUGUAUGAUAAGAAAUAUGUACAGUGAGUACGCACAUUUUUGCCCCAGUUUUUAAUAUAUUUUGAGUGUAAUUUGUUGUAGUUUAGGUAUUACUGAAUUCUUGUUUCCUUUUACAUUUAUAUAAGCUUCCGAAGUGUUUCUAUAUACAAUUGCUGUUUUGAAAAUUUUCUCUGACUUGUUUUCACUUGUGUUCUGUAUUUUUUUUUUCUUUUGUAUUGUUACAGAAAGGCCAAGAUGAGUGUUUAGGUUGCAAUGUGUUAUUGAAAUAAAACGUCUAUAAUCUUAGA